CUCAAUUUUUAAUUAACAGUUAAACCUAAACUAAAAUGGUUUACAGAUUAAUUGAUUGUAAUUAUUUUUCAUUAAUCUGAAAAUGUAAACAAUUAACUUAAAUUUACCAUCAACAAUCAACCAAAAAUCAUCUUUAUCUCAUCAAAAAUGAGGAAAUCAAAGCCACCAAUUGUUUAAACCCUUUUCUUUUGGUAAAUAUUAAGUGACCAUUUAGUGUUUGACCAUUUUGAAUUUCUUUGUUCCAACAACCAACAAUUACCACCAUAAUUAACCUGUUAAUUAACCAUUUUAAUGAAUAAUUACUAAUUCAUGUGACCAAUUGGAUCAAUUAAUUUCUCUCAACAGUCUAUUUUUCUCAGCUACCAGAGCAAAACUUGUGUGAUUAAGGAAAUCAAAAAGAUUGGAUUAGUUAUUAUCUAAUUCAAAUUCAACUCCAGUCAAGCCAACGGAAAGCAUGAAUAAUCUUACAGUUGUAUUAUUAUGACCGUUAAUCUUAAUCUCUCUUCAACUAUUUAGUUCCUAUAAAUUACUAAUUAAGACAUUUUUUUUUCUCCCAAAUUGUUCAAUUUCUCUCCAUUUACCUUUUUUUCCCUCCCAUUUAAAUGACAGCCUUUAAGUUUAUCUCUUUCAAUCUCUCUCUUUCUCUCUCUUACAUAAUUAGACAUUUAUUGUUAUUGUUAAUUAUCAACGAAGAUAUAUUUUCAUCAAUCAUCGGUAGUCACCAUCAUCAAUUGUCUCCUCCAACUCAUCACAGUUUCACCUCAAAAAAUUCAUCUUUAAUCAACUUGACAAGGACAAAGGAUCAACAAUUAACAUUUUCUCCUUUCUCUUUCUCUAUCUCUCUUUUUCCUCUAAUCUAUUUUUCUCCAGCCAAAAAGAUGAGUUUUUGUCAACUAUUCAACUUAUUAACAUUUCUUCAUUUCUUAAUCCAUCCACAGACCCAACAUCAUGAGACAUCUUGUGCCCGAUCACUAACAACCUUUAAUCUACUUUACAUAAUCGUCAACACUUUGAUUUUCAUCAUUUUCAACAAACUAUCAACAUGGAAUCUUAAACAUCCAAGAAAACCAGAAAAUCUAUUAUUCUCUAGCCUAAUGCUACUAUUGGUUAUUCUUUCCCUUUUCAAUAUCCACCAAUACCCGACCUCUGACCUCUUCAGCUCUUUUCCAUCAAUAGCCAACUAAUUCGGAAGUGUUCAUCCGAAAUUCAGAGUUUUAUUGUUAUCAAAUUUACAUGGAAUUCCCCCUUUCUAAUCAGCUUAUUCUCCAAACAUUCAUCUCUAAACUAAUUCCAUUUCUUUUCUACUUCAAUUUCCAAUCUCCUAUGGAUAAUUAACAUAUCUAAUGAAACAAUUAGGAAUCAGAAAACAGUGAUUUGUGGUUAGGAUACUUUACACUGUUUCUUUAAUUAACUUUAAUUCAGUUACAAUUUAGCAAAUAACCAAAAUGAUCCUUGAUAUUAAUCCUUCCCCAGCCUUGAUUAUAACAAUUUGCUUUCUAAUUCUGUGCUUUAACCUUGUGUUUAGUGAAUAUUAACCUAUUACAAUCAUAACGAAUCAACAAUUAAUCUGGUUACCUUUCCAUCUUAAUCUCCGUCUCGUUUAAUCCUCGUAAUUAAUCGGGUCUUAUCUGACCUUUUCUAUUCGUUGCAUUUAUCUUCUUCUUUUGCUCCUUCCUGCUUUAUUCUUUCUUGCUUAUCACCUUAUCUUCAUCAAGCACAGAUUCAUCAUCAAUCAUAAUUGUCUUCAUCUUCUUCAUAACUCUUACAUAAUCUUCAAAUUCCAAGACUGAAAGAUAACCCAAAGAUGCCCCAAAAUUGUGAAACGGAUUACAGGGGAAUAGACAAUUCAUAUUCCAUGGAAUCGAGAGAUUUAAUUUCACCCACACUCGUUGUUCCCUCUGAGUCCAUCAACAUCCACAAUUUGAACAAUAAUUGUGACACCAACAUGAUUAAUAAUCAAAAUGCUAAUUCAUCUUCAUCGUUAAACUUAUCCAACGAAACAAUUACCGAUAAUUGUGGUCUUAAUGAAGAAUCAAAAAGUACUCCUCAUGAAUAUCUAAGUGACCAAGUUAAAAUCUCUUUUCAACAUCAACUUAAUCAUCAUCAUCCAAUCAUGGAGGUUACCCGAUCAAUUAAUCAUCUAAUUCCUUUUAAAAAAGCUAAAAUAACCGAUUCUUCCGGCAUUAUGGUUUAUCCUGAUACAACAACAUUCAAUAGUAAAACAAUUGAAGAUAAACCACCAGAAUAUAUGUUAAUUGAUUAUAAUCGGAAGAUUGUUAAUCAUCAUAAUCAUCAUCAUCAUCAUCAUCAUGUUCACCCUAUGGCACCAGUUGAUGUUAAUCGUGUCAACAAAAUGUCCAAUAAUAGUAGAUCACCAACUCCGGGAACAAUUAGUUCAUCAGUUUAUUCAUAUAUGAAUGAAAGUAAAUUGACCAAUUCACUUGAUGGACAAGAAAACCAUUCACCUAAAAGCUCAACAAUGGAAACAACAAUUAACUCACUAAAACCAACACUGACCAGUCUCUCAACGAUGUCACCUCAUCAUCAUCAUCGACUCAACAAUUAUCGUAAUGGUUAUAAUAUUAAACCAUCAAUCUCACCAUCAUCAUCAUUUGACCGUAGUCGAUCUGAUAACGCAAUUUCAUCCGAAAUACAAUCGAUAACAAUUAAUAAACCAACCUGUGAAUCAAUUACUCUACUUGAUAAUCCUCAUCAUAUUCAAGAACCAAUUAACAGAUCAUCAACCAUGUCCUGCUCUUCAAUAUCAUCUUUCGCUUCAUCGUCAUCUUCUUGUUCAUCUACAGUUGACAAAACAUUACCCAUGAUAAAUGUUAUUAGUUUAAACAAUGAAACAAUCACAUCAACUGAAAAAACAAUAACCUCACAAUCUUACAAUAAAGAAACUGUACCAACAAUCAGUAAUCAUGAUGAGGCGAUCAUGAAUAUAUCUGAUUUUGUUAAUGGUUAUUCAACUUCUAAUCUCUAUUCUAAGAAAAAUUCUGAUUCUCAGGAUGUUCAUAAUCAUUUAUCAGCUGAUUUUCGUCGCAAUCGAUAUAAAGAGACCUGGGAUUUUCUUAAUAAAAGUGAUCUUAUCGAGGUUACACUUAAAACUGCUGAUCUAAUGAAAAGAAAUCAAUCACUUCAACGUGAUAUUGAACGAUUAAAGGAAGAAGUUGCUAAAAUUAUUCCAACAUCAAAAAUUUGUGAGGAUAAUCAGAUGAGAAUUAACAAUAACGUUUGUAUCGAAAAUAGUGCUUAAUCAUAAUUCACACUAAAUUAACAUUAAUUAUCGAAUCAUCUUAUAAUUUAAAUUCCAAGUCCAAUGAAUCACCAUAUGAAUUUAAAUAACCCGAUCUCUAAAAACCUAUUAACUAUUCUGUUAUUGUUAACAAUUUAUCUAAAACUUUAUUGUUUAAUUAAUGUAUUAACUAAGUAAUCAUUCUGUAUUCUAGACACCAAAUCAAAUUUAAACCAAUAAAUUUAUUAACUAAGA